GAGAGAGAGAGAGGGGGAUACUCUGUGAGAGAGAUAGAAAGAGAGAGAAAUAUACUGUGUGAGAGAGAAAGAGAGAGACGGAUACUCUGUGAGACAGAGAGAGAGAGAGAGAGAGAGAGAGAGGGAUACAGAGAGAGAGGGAUAUGUAUAUAUACAGAGAGAGAGAGAGAGAGAGAGAAAUCUGCAGCUCCUCCACCACCAGCAGCAGCAGUACUCUGAUUCAUUAGAGCUCUGUCGGAUGGGAGCGCGCGCGGUGGCUCGCGCUAAAUGAGUGAGGCAGACAGAUAGCAGACAGCGUCAGCAACAGGCUGCAUCAUCUUCAUCAUCAUCCUCAUCACCUCCUUCAUCAUCCUCGGAGGAGAAAAGAGGAAGAAUAAGAUACAGAAGAAAGAGCAGGAGAAUCUGGGGAGCACCUGCUGGCGUCUCUGCUCCGGAGCUUCGCGAGGGGGGAUGAAGUUUUAGAUGGUUCUGGAUCCGGUUCUGGUUCGGUUCCGAGAGGAGCAUUUCCCGCGCGAGCCUUCCCGCAGAUGGAGCCGCGCAGGUGACGAUCGCCCCGGAUUCAGAGGAGCACCGCAGCCCCGGAGCUGGAGAGGGAACGAUGUAUGGGCGCUACACCCAGGAGCUGGGCGCCUACGCCAAGGAGGAGGCGGCUCGCCUGCGGGAGGACGGAGCCCUGCGGCGGGGUGGAGGCGUCCGCAGCCAGACGCCCGAACAGCUGGAGUACGAGAAGGACCCCUGCGCCAAGUGCCAGCUGUGUACGUCCCGCUGUCAGCGGUUCCUGAUAUCCCGGGUCGGUGAGGACUGGAUCUUCCUGAUUCUGCUGGGGCUCCUGAUGGCGCUGGUCAGCUGGGUCAUGGACUACACCAUCGCCUUCUGCCAGCAAGCACAGAAGUGGAUGUACGGAGGUCUGGACAGUAACAUGCUGCUGCAGUAUCUGGCCUGGGUCACGUAUCCUGUGGUCCUCAUCACCUUCUCCGCAGGGUUCACGCAGAUCCUCGCCCCGCAGGCCGUGGGCUCUGGGAUUCCUGAGAUGAAGACCAUCCUCCGGGGGGUGGUGCUGAAGGAGUACCUCACCUUUAAAACCUUUGUGGCGAAAGUGAUCGGACUGACCUGUGCUCUGGGCAGCGGGAUGCCUCUGGGUAAAGAGGGUCCGUUUGUUCACGUGGCGAGUCUGUGUGCUGCUCUCCUCAGUAAAUUCAUGGCUCUGUUUGGAGGAAUCUACCUGAUAAAAGAAGAGCCGUUUGAGGGAAACAAGAACGAGCUGAGGAAUACGGAGAUGCUGUCGGCGGCGUGUGCGGUAGGAGUCGGAUGCUGCUUUGCUGCCCCUAUAGGAGGUGUGCUGUUCAGUAUCGAGGUGACGUCCACGUUCUUCGCGGUGAGGAACUACUGGAGGGGUUUCUUCGCCGCCACUUUCAGCGCCUUCAUCUUCAGAGUGCUGGCAGUGUGGAACAAAGACGAGGAGACGAUCACGGCUCUGUUUAAGACCCGGUUCCGGUUGGAUUUCCCGUUUGAUCUGCAGGAGUUGCCGGCGUUUGUGGUGUUGGGGAUAGCGAGUGGGUUCGGGGGAGCUCUGUUCGUCUAUCUGAACAGACUGAUCGUAGAGUCCAUGAGGAAGCAGAAAACCAUCAACAAGUUCCUGCUGAAAAAGCGAUUGGUGUAUCCCGCUCUGGUCACUCUGCUGGUGUCCACCCUCACCUUCCCCCCGGGGUUCGGACAGUUCAUGGCAGGACAGCUGACUCAGCACGAGUCGUUGGUGGCGCUGUUCGAUAACCGGACCUGGUAUAAGCAGGGCGUGGCCGAGGAGUUCGAGUACUCCGGCCACCCUCAGGCCUGGAAGCAUCCGCAGGUCAGCGUCUUCAUCACACUCCUCCUCUUCAUCGUCAUGAAGUUCUGGAUGUCUGCUGUGGCCACGACCAUGCCGGUGCCGUGUGGAGCCUUCAUGCCCGUCUUCCUCAUCGGUGCUGCAUUCGGCCGAUUGGUCGGUGAAAGCAUGGCAGCCGUCUUUCCUGAUGGCAUCCACACCGACAGCACUGUAUAUCCCAUAGUUCCCGGCGGGUACGCUGUCGUAGGAGCGGCGGCGCUGUCGGGAGCUGUAACUCACACCGUCUCCACGGCGGUGAUCGUGUUCGAGUUGACUGGUCAGAUCUCUCACAUCCUGCCGGUGAUGAUCGCGGUGAUUCUGGCGAACGCCGUCGCUCAGAGUCUCCAGCCCUCCCUCUACGACUCCAUCAUCCGCAUCCAGAAACUGCCCUACCUCCCCGAACUCGGCUGGGGGCAGGAGAAGUAUAAUAUCCGGGUGGAGGACAUCAUGGUGCGGGAGGUACGCUACAUCACUCUCUCCUCCACCUACCGGGACCUGCAGGAGGCGCUACUGACCGGCCAGCUGAAAACCCUGGCCCUGGUGGAGUCCAGAGACUCCAUGAUCCUGCUGGGAUCCACCGAGCGUUCCCAGCUCCAGUCCCUGCUCUCGGAGCAGCUGGGUCGCGGCCGCCGGCUGGAGUUCCUGCGGGAACGAGCUCAGGACAACGGGACCCACGUUCCAUCCUUUUCCCAGGAUUCCUCACCCAAAGCCAGCCGGGGCGUUCACUUCCUGAUCUCCACUGAGGAGUCCUCCUACAGCCCCACCCUCACCAACUCCCAAAUCCCCCUCAAAUCCGCCCUCAAGACAGUGUCUUCAGUCAGCAACACCGAGACCCUCAACAGCUCUCCCAGUGUGUCCUGCGGGGAACCAGUGAAGGAUCAGGUGGAGAUUAAAGCCAGCUCCAAGGCUCCUAAGAGGAGCAGGAGGCCCAGGCGUGUGAGGAUAACUAUGGCGGACGGUCCUGAUGUUGAAGAUGACAUGUCUACAGCAGAGAUAGCUGAGUGGGAGGAACAACAGCUAGAUGAAGCUGUAAAUUUCAACAACUGUAAGAUAGACCCCGCCCCCUUCCAGCUUGUUGAGCGCACAUCUUUACAUAAAACGCACACUAUUUUCUCGCUGCUCGGUCUGGAUCACGCUUACGUCACCAGUACCGGGAGGCUCGUCGGAGUCGUCUCACUGAAAGAGCUGAGGAAGGCUAUUGAGGGCUCGGUGACAGUAACGGGGGUGAAGGUCCGCCCCCCGCUGGCCAGCUUCCGUGACAGCGGCACCAGCAGCAGCGUUUCUGAGGUAACCGAGCUACACAAGCUCUGGAGUCGCCACAAGAGCCUGUCGUUGCCACGGGAACCAAACCUCCCGGACCUGGGGGACCAAUUGGAGCAGCCGUCCGAGGGCAGCCUGGUGAAUGAGACGGACUGCACUGAGCUGUCCAGUCAGAACAGCCCUUUACACACCGAGGACCAAUCGGAGAUCACCUACGCCGAUGCCACGCCCACGGAUGAGCACCCGUCAGAGCUGCCCUGCGACCAUGACUCCGCCCAUCACCUCGAGGACUUCUCUGAAACGGCCAGCGAGCAGGGCCUGGUCCAAAACGAUGAACUUCCAUGCGAGGGUAGUCCCUCAAACGCUGGCAGCCAACCAGAAUGACGGCUGGCUUUUUAUUGGUAAUGCACACUCCAUAUAUUCUAAUAAGCAGCUUUUUUGUGAAUUCAGGGUGAGGAGGCUAUGUGGAGGGAGUGUGACGUCGCUGUCGUAACAAAACCUCGCAACUCCCUUUAUUCGCUUAAAAUCCCUUUACCUUGUGAGACAUUACAUCAUUCAUAUUACCAGCUGUACAACACCAGGGUGUGGGAAUGUUUGGUUUAGUUCAUUUGGAAAUAGGAGGGUUUGGGAAUGGUUGGGGUUUAGUGAGUCUGGGGAUGGGAAGGUUUGGGGUUUAGUGAAUUCAAGGUAAGGAGGGUUUGGGAAUGGUUGGGCGUGGGUAUUAUUAGAUACAGGUAGGAUGUUUGGAGUUUAGUGAGUUUGGGGAUGGGAGGCUAUGGAAUGGUUGGGGUUUAGUGAGUUUGGGGAUGGGAGCAUUUGGGAGUGGUUAAGGUUUAGUGAGUUUGGGGAUGGAAGAGUUUGGGAAGGGUUGGGGUUUAGUGAGUUUGGGGAUG